AUGGUGAGCCAGAGUCAUCCUGAGGCCCUGGCAGCCCCGCUUGUCACCACUGUUUCGACUGUUACACCAAACAAUGCCACCGAGCCAGCCAGCCCCGGAGAAGGAAAGGAAAAUGCCUUUUCUAAGCUGAAGGAGAAGUUCAUGAAUGAGUUACAUAAAAUUCCACUGCCACCAUGGGCCUUAAUUGCCAUAGCCAUAGUCGUGGUCCUUUUAGUCCUGACCUGCUGCUUUUGUAUCUGUAAGAAAUGUUUGUUCAAAAAGAAAAACAAGAAGAAGGGAAAGGAAAAGGGAGGAAAGAAUGCCAUUAACAUGAAAGAUGUGAAAGACUUAGGGAAGACCAUGAAAGAUCAGGCCCUUAAGGAUGAUGAUGCUGAAACCGGAUUGACUGAUGGGGAAGAAAAGGAAGAACCCAAAGAAGAUGAGAAAUUGGGAAAACUUCAAUACUCCUUGGAUUACGAUUUCCAGAAUAACCAGCUGCUGGUGGGGAUCAUCCAGGCUGCCGAGCUGCCCGCCUUGGACAUGGGCGGCACCUCUGACCCGUACGUGAAAGUGUUUCUGCUGCCCGACAAAAAGAAGAAAUUUGAAACGAAAGUCCACCGAAAGACCCUCAAUCCUGUCUUCAAUGAGCAGUUUACUUUCAAGGUGCCGUAUUCGGAAUUGGGAGGCAAAACCCUCGUGAUGGCUGUGUACGAUUUUGAUCGUUUCUCCAAGCAUGACAUCAUCGGGGAAUUUAAAGUCCCCAUGAACACAGUGGAUUUCGGUCAUGUAACUGAGGAAUGGCGUGAUCUGCAGAGUGCUGAGAAGGAAGAGCAAGAGAAACUGGGUGAUAUCUGCUUCUCCCUUCGCUAUGUACCCACUGCUGGCAAACUGACUGUUGUCAUCCUGGAGGCAAAGAACCUGAAGAAGAUGGACGUGGGUGGCUUAUCUGAUCCUUAUGUGAAGAUUCAUCUGAUGCAGAAUGGCAAGAGGCUGAAGAAGAAGAAGACAACAAUUAAAAAGAAUACACUCAAUCCCUACUACAAUGAGUCAUUCAGCUUUGAAGUACCCUUUGAGCAAAUCCAGAAAGUGCAAGUGGUGGUCACUGUGUUGGACUAUGACAAGAUUGGCAAGAACGAUGCCAUCGGCAAAGUCUUUGUGGGCUACAACAGCACCGGGGCUGAAUUGCGACAUUGGUCAGAUAUGCUGGCCAACCCCAGGCGACCCAUUGCCCAAUGGCACACCCUACAGGUAGAGGAGGAAGUUGACGCCAUGCUGGCCAUCAAGAAGUAA